CAUCUGACGUCUCACUCCGUUCCUUUCCGAAGCUGUGAAAUCGACUGGUUCGAUAAAAAACCGAUCGAUUUCUAACCCUAGAAAUCACACGAAAACAGGAAAACGAUGAAUCUGAACAUGAACAUGAACUACGCGGAGUCUCUGGUGCUUCAGACCAAGAGGCUAUCGGGCACCACUUCCGAAGACCUCAAUUGCCUUCACAGCCUCCUCAAGCAAUCCGAGGAGACUCUCCGGACCGAGUCUGCUCGUUUCGCUUCUUCUCUUGCCGACCUCGACCCGUUCAAGCACUCUCUCGGUUACCUCUACAUCCUGGAGGCAUGCACGGCUGGAACGAUCUCGAAAGAGCUAGCUAAUGAAUUGGUUCUGUCCAUUGCCAGAUUUAUCAGUGAAUGUGAUGCAGAACAGAUCCGUUUGGCGCCUGAAAAAUUCAUAUCGCUUUGCAAGAGGUUCAAGGACCAAGUCAUGCAGCUUGAAGCUCCUAUACGGGGGGUAGCUCCUCUUCUAACAGCUAUUAGAAAACUUCAAUCCUCAUCUGAACAGUUGACUACUUUGCAUCCGGAUUUUCUUCUCCUUUGUGUACUGGCAAAAUGCUAUAAAACUGGUUUAUGCGUUUUGGAGGAUGAUAUAUUUGAGGUGGAUCAGCCAAAGGAUUUUUUCCUUUAUUGUUAUUAUGGGGGAAUGAUAUGCAUCGGACAGAAGCGCUACCGCAAAGCAUUGGAGCUUCUGCACAAUGUUGUAACUGCUCCAAUGUCUUCUAUAAAUGCCAUAGCCGUUGAGGCAUACAAGAAAUACAUACUUGUCUCACUCAUUCACCUUGGGCAGUUCUCAACCAGUUUCCCUAAAUACACGUCCUCAGUGGCUCAAAGGAAUUUGAAGAAAUUCUCUGAGCCUUAUAUUGACCUAGUGACUUGUUAUGGCAACGGAAAAAUUUCAGAACUUGAGGCAUAUGUCGAGGAGAACAGGGAUAAGUUUGAAAAUGACCACAAUCUUGGAUUGGUAAAGCAGGUUGUAUCAUCCAUGUACAAGCAGAACAUCCAGAGAUUGACUCAGACAUACUUGACUCUCUCCCUCCAAGACAUAGCCAACACAGUGCAGCUGAAUAGCCCUAAGGAGGCAGAAAUGCAUGUACUUCAAAUGAUCCAAGACGGUGAGAUAUAUGCAACAAUAAAUCAGAAGGAUGGAAUGGUUAGAUUCCUAGAGGAUCCUGAGCAAUACAAAACCUGCGAGAUGAUUGAGCGAAUUGACUCAUCCAUCCAGAGGAUAAUGACUCUAUCAAAGAAGCUGACUGCUAUUGAUGAACACAUCUCCUGUGACCCUCAGUACUUGGCAAAGGCUGGGAGAGAGCGCCAAAGAUUGGACUUUGACGACUUGGAUUCCGUACCUCAAAAGUUCAAUAUAUGAAACACACAGGACCUAACUUGAUACCUGCAAGAGAUGGUAACUGAUUAUGGGAGUGUUUUGGUCGACCUACUUUCAUUUAUCAAAGGCGAAAUGUUCUGGCGUUUUGAUCCCAAGAGGGAACAUGAGUGAUAUGUGCUGUCAAAAUCUCGUUUAGUUGUGAGAAGUGGUUAUGAACAUGAUCCAUGCAAGUAUUCUAUCCUUUUUUCCCCUUGCUAGUUGUAGUUUCUAAUUCUGUUUCCUCCAAGCCGGGUCUCUUCGCCCUCCCCCUUCCCCUUUUGUUGGUUUACAAGCCCAGAAAGGUUGUGAUUGAUACAGAAGUUGGUUGCUUCAAAGAAAUAUGCAAUGGUUGGAUAUGCCGAUUUCAUUGAUGGAGAUUGUUUUCAUUUUGCAAGCCAGGGAUGGAGAUUACUGUUUGUGCCAUGUGCGCUCCUUAGCACGUUCUUCUUUGGUAAUGUAAUCCUAGCACAUUCAAUUCAUGUAUAUAUA